UCUAAAAUAAGAAUGUGAAAAGACUGGUUCUCAUGUGACCAUGUUUCUAUUCUGAAACGCAAACUCAAGUUUUAUUCGCAAGUGGGCACACCUGACGCUUUCACGCCUACUCCCAGACAAAAAUACAAAAACUAUUUAAAAUCGAGAAGAGCCACUGGUUGCACAUAUCACCGAAUCUCCUUUUGUUGAUGUAAAUCAGAGACUACCGAGGAAGACCCAACAAACUAACAUUGUUCAGAAGCAGAAGUGGGACUGCCGUACUUCCUCUUUACCUUCUACCUCAGACCCUGCUUUGCCUAGCCAAGUGCGUCUGUCAUGGGGCUGCUUCUAUCCAAGAGGGCCAUCAAUAGGACUCCCACGGUUGUUCUGAUGGGCCUGGGCUCAUCUGGAAAGUCCACCCUGCUCUUCAGGCUCAAGACAGGGUUGGUGAUGGAUACUUCCCCCACCGUGGGCUUCAACGUGGUGACCCUGGAUCUGAACAAGAAAACGGCCUUGACAGUGUGGGAUGUGGGCGGACAGGGGGAGAUGAGGGUCAACUGGAGGUACUACCUGGAGGGCUGUAAGGCUAUGGUGUUCGUGGUGGACAGUAGUGACCGGGCCAGUAUAGGGGAUGCUCAGAAGGCUCUGAAGAAUGUUCUGUCCGACGUCAACAUGAAGGGAAUACCUCUGAUGGUGCUGGCUAACAAGAAGGACCUCCCCAACACCAUGAACAUCAGAGAGGUGUCCAACCAGCUGGAGCUGCCCAGCUACAAAGACCGAGCCUGGCAGAUCCAAGCAUGCAGCGGCCUGAAGGGAAUGGGGCUCCAGCAAGCCUUCCUCUCUGUGGCCAAACUCAUCAAGAAGAGCUGAGAGGAGACACGUCAGUGGAGAAAUCACUGUGUGAGAGACACUUGACAAGUCGGAGAUACUGACCAUAUAGUGCACUACCUUAAAAUAGAACAAUAAAGUACCUCAGAAGUAGUGCACUAUAAAGGGAAUAGGGUGCCAUUUGAAAUGCAGAUUAUAACCAAACAAUGAUUGUGGAAGAGCCAGGAUUCUCAAUCCAAUUAUGAACUAAGCGCAGGAUCCAUUAGGGCAUUUUGAUUGUGCAAUUAAAAUGGUUGAGAUUUAACAUCACAGCAGUUAAAUGUGCCUGCUAAGGGAGACUGGAGAGUAUUGUUACACUUUGGAGAUGUGGGGAAAGAUAGCUAGGGAAACUAAUAUUUUUGUUUGCAGAUACAUCACUAUUUAUAUUAAUGAUAAACUAAUAAAACAUGCUAAACCUAAUGUAAAUGUCUGUCUGCUAAAUGGCAUAA